AUGAGACGAAGAGCUCAAAAGACGGAUGCCUUAGAAAGCAUUCAGAAUGCAAAGAGAUCGAAAGCUGAGCAGUCUGAGUUUGUUGCUAAGGAACAGCUGAAUUUUGAAUCACAAAAAGUGUCGCCACGUAAAAGAAAGAGGACUGUUGCAACAGAAGGAAGGACAUCAUCGGAUAAUAACACUGAUAAAAAUACUAGCAAUAUUUUAAAUGAUAUGGAGCACGAGGAUUCCGACAGCACUCUUUCUGGUGAAGAAAAUGACAGUGACCUUGUUGUUACUAGGGCUAAAGAGAAACCUGUAGAAAGCUGGUCUGGUGAACAUUCUCACACUUCUCGAAAGCAUUCCUCUUCUGGGGGUCCUACCACACCACCGAAAUAUAAGAAGGGGGAUGUUAUCACAACGCCAAAUGGAAUAAGAAAGAAAUUCAAUGGUAAACAGUGGAGGAGACUGUGCUCAAGGGACCUUUGCAACAAGGAAUCCCAGCGUAGAGGCUUUUGCUCCAGGCAUUUGUCCAUGAAAGGAAAAUCACUUCGAUCAAAUUCGGCUAUCCCUGGUGAACGUCGUGGUAAACUUGUAAAAGAAGGUGGAAUCGAAUGGGAAUCAGGUGGAGAAAGUGACAGCAGCAUUCAACGUGAAUGUGAUAGGAGUAAUAGUUUUGACAGUGAUAUAAAGGAUAUGGAGACGGAAGCAGCGAUGAGUCUUGUUUCACUCGGCUCUCGUGGACCUACACCAUUUUCAACGUUAAGUACCCCGUUACCUUUCUCGUCUAAGACUCCUUCACCUUUUGGUUCUCACGGAAUGUCAUUUGAUGAAAAUAGCUCAAUCACACCUCAUCCUAUUAUGAACUCCACUCCCACAAAAAGUCUUGUUAAUCAAGUUGCAACAAAAAUAAGGCAUUUAACAAGCGGUGAAUAUCACAACCGACAUGCUCUGAGCCCCGACUCUGGUAUUCAGAUGUUUGGCCGAGAUGAUAGAGGCAGUUUUAACAAUACACCAUCUAUAAUGUCACCUGCGCCAAUUGUAUCACCGUGCACGCCAACAAGAAAGAUGACAUUUUCGCCCAUACCUAGCGUGAAUAGUAGAACUGUCUCACCAAGCCUACCCACUCCACCUGCAAUUAGGGGCAAGAGAUGCUUCGUAGCCCCUAAUUUGCCUGCCCCUUCCGCUUUAACCCCACCUCCCAGUCAGGUUAUGUAUUCGCCUGCUCCACAACCUCUUUCAGUUACUUCUAGCAGUCUUUUUACUCCUUAUACCCAAACUACUUUUACAAAAACAACGAACGGAAAAGCCUUUCAUAGUAAUCUGAGCGUUUCUGGGCCCAGUAAUUCAGAAAAAAUGCCUGGUUCAAAAACUGCCCAGACCAAGCAAGAAGUCUCCAAACGUGAUCAGGCUGAAAAACCAUCGACUCAAGAAGAUAAACCAGCCGUUCAUAUCGGAGCAUUUACAACUCCAUUAUAUCCCUGGCAAGCUGUCUUGCCUGUUUUAAUGUUUUCUGGGUCUCCAAAAAGCAAUAAAGACAAAACUAAUGCUACUCAAGUAACAAAUGGUAGUAAGGCAUUGGAUGGCAAACACGACCAUUCACAGAGAACUGUAGCGUCUUGGUUUGUGAUGAACCAGCCACCCUCUUUUGAAGGUAACUGCAUGAAUGACGACCAUAGAGCUAACGAGACAGGAGAAACGUUGGAUGAAAUUGAUGAAAAUUUAUCAUCACCAUUAAAGGUAAGAAGAAAUGGUCUUAAUUACUCGCUGGGGCACCUGUGCCCCGGACGAGUAUAGGUUUCGGCUUGCAUUUUUCACGGAUCAUGGAUCUCCAUCGUCGAUAGCCACAAAAUAGAAUAUUAAUGAGCUGCCUAAUUUUCCCCCAAUUAUCCAUAAGGCUCCUGCCAAUUUGACCCAAAUUAUCCAUAAAUAGCCCUCCAUUUUGAGGAAAAUUCGGGGAAAUUGAACAAAUUUACAAGGAAUUUCGACAUGGAAACAGCAGCAAGUAAAAAUGUUUCAAACAAUUUCGUGGAGUGGGCAAAUGUUUCAAACAAUUUCGUUAAAAUUUUCAACGAAUUGUACCUGUUUUCUAUGGAUUUUGCAUUGUGUCUAACUCUGGACAUUCUUGCUAGUUUAGUUAAUGCAUUUUUCUUGGUACACGACUCUGAAAAUCCGAAAUUUGGAUCGUUAAAUUCCCGUGCACGAUCAUGAUAUACUGAAUCUGAAUCUAAACGAGACAAAUACAAACAUUUCAAGGUAAAAGGUUAUAACUUAAACUACACAACGUAGUUUUAUAAUAGAUAAAUACUUUAUGAGAAGCAUAUUGGUGUCAUAUCAAUAUAAAAUUUAUCCAACAACAGUCCCUUAUAGUUAGUACAGUAGCUGUGGAAAGGCGAAAGCUGUAGAGUGUAGUAUGAAACAUGAUAUUGUAUUUGUAUAAAUGCCUAAUGGCGCAAUACAUAAAGGAUAAAAAUACCACCGUUCGAUUCAGCGUAAGAAAUUGUACUUACGGAUGUCAAAUGUAUUUAUACUACAGUAUAUAAACAACAGUAUUCUAGUGAUUUACGGCCUUUGUCUUUGUAUUGUAAAUUGUAUUGUUGAUAAAUCGCUCAAAAUUAUUAAACUAAUUAAAAAUGCAGUGCGUUUGAUCCUUGAUAACUUUGGUAUCGUUGGUUUUCUCUUUUUCGGCCAUAUACCAGUGGAUUCGUCUCACUUCUCUCUUCAUCUUGAUAGUAUUUUGAGCCCAAAAGCCCACAAAUAUUUUCCUUUGAACGUUUUAAUGCGCAGUUUCAUCCUUGCGUACGGACCAACUGGCGGCCGACAAAAGAAUGUAUAUAGAUUACAGCGUACGAAAUAUAACUUUACUUGCAGACGGAACGCCGGAAGAGCACCGCAUUUUAGUACUGUGUUAAACAGCCUUUUGCGUUCGUAUUCGACUUUUCCGCUUAGUUCGGGAACAACAUUAAUGUGCGUAUUUGUAUAGGCCCAGCGAGUUAACGCUCUACAGAGCGUCUUGUUUCAAUUUAAAGUGGAUAAGACAUCAUAUUUUCUAAUCAUAAUAAAUUAUAUUUCAAAAUAAUCUAUUAGCGUCCAAUACAUACUAUUUCUUUUCAUUUUCGAGAAAUGCGAAUUGGCUGCGUCCAUUCAAGUUACCUGUGCGCAAAUGUAUACACCGCACAUGCCUUUCAAAAUAAGCUGGCGUGCCCCGAAACUCUGGUGGAUCUUACGAGGUUUACCACCAGCUACUUUCCUUAAUAUAUAAUUAUAUGCGAUUCCAAUCUGUAUUUUUCAUUGCAUUUGUAACAUUUACAGAUAGCCAAAUGCACGUACCUAGCUUCUUGAUGUCCCAGCUUUCCUCCGGGUGUUCCUGUUUUCUCCUUUAGUAACACUGGACUAUAUGGUCUGUUUAUGUGGUCCCACUAUACACGCACGGGACAGUACGGUUACCGAUUUUAAUAUAAACUCUUUUGAGUAUUUGUACAGUAUGAUCCCAAUUCCAUGCCGCCUUGGCGGGAUCCCAGCAUGUGUUGCCGGAUUCCCGCCUAGGGGGGACGAGAAAUUCCCUUAUAGACACACUGUUUUUGCUAGGCGGGAUGACGCCAAGUACUUAACUUGCGUCACCUUUGCAAUGUUUUUGUCCAUAUAAAUACGCUCUACCACCUGGGCUUGUUGUCCCAGUAAGCGGGAUGAAAAUGUCCCGUCCCGCUUAGGUGGGAUCAUAUAAACAAGCUAUAAUAAUGAAAUGCCCUUUCUGGACCUGCAGGGAUAUCGAGUUAGACCAAAGUGGAAGAGCUAUCCAUCUUAUUUCUCUCUUUGAUAUUAAUUUAGGGUGGUCAUGGGGAUAAAGAACAUAUCCGACGUCCUAUGAAUGCGUUCAUGAUUUUUAGUAAGAGGCAUCGAGCGAGAGUUCAUGAACGAUAUCCACAUCAAGACAACAGAACUGUUAGUAAAAUACUGGGAGAAUGGUGGUAUGCUUUGGGCGCGAACGAGAAACAGGAGUAUCAGAAUCUUGCACACCAGGUAUGCUGGGUGAAGAAUGACAUCAUUUACAUGAUACAUGGGUUUCGCGUCUGGUCAGUGCGAAUCUUGAUAUUUUUAUUACCAUUUGAUUGUUGCUACCGUGUUGGUGCGCAAAUUCGAUGCAAUUUUGUGUAUUCGAUGCAAUUUUGAGAUUUCAGAGUUUGUCAUUUGAAAUAAAAAAUACUGUAAACAAAGUAUUGGUGACAAAUAUCUGGCUUGAAAAUAUUCAAGACACGUGCUUGACAUGAAAAUUGGAGACAAAUCCUGUGUGCACCGAAUGAAUUCAAGCUAAAUAUCCUAAGGGACGGACCAUUUGAUUUUUCAUGGGGGGCGCAAAUCCGAAAACAAUAUCGAACAUGUCUCGAAUGGAAGAAAAAAAAUCGAACAUCACUAACACCAGCAAAAAAAAAUAUCGAGCACAAAAAAAUUCUAAAUUAGCAAUAUUCUAUAUUGAAAGAAAAAUUCAGUUUCCCUGAGUUUUUUUUUCUGUUGAGUGUUUCGGUUCUGCCUUGGUUAACAAUACCGGAAGUAUACAUGCAAAAUACAAACCGAUACAAACCAGUUCUGACAACUUUGACUUCAAUAAUUCAAUUAUCCACAAAUUACCUUAAUGGUAUCCCUAAAAACCCCAUCGAUUAAUGAGGGUGGGAAAGGGGUGGGGGGGAUUAUGAAUCACGUUUCACAACAAAAAAACCCGUUUCACAAUUCACGUGCCAUAAAAAAGCAAUUUCACAUUUCACGGAUAACGAGACUCUAAUAAAAAUAGUAUAAUAAUAAUAGCUUUAAGAUUAUGUUUAAUGCAUGGUCAGUACUACGCUUUAAGUUCUCUUCUCUGCCUGGCAGUUAAAAACUACUUACAAGUUUGAGUGAUGAGUACGUCCGACGACCUCCGAAAGGCCUCCGAAGUUUCUACUCUUGUGCAAUCGAGUGAGAUCGAUCAUAUAAAUUAUUAUCGCGUAUUAUGUCCAUUAUGACUAUUAUAAAAUAGAUCGGAAUAAACAAAUCAAAAUCACAGUUCACGAAACAGACAUCCUUAAUUCCCAUUUCACGGAGCAUUUUUAUCGACAAUCACGCCUCACAGCUGUAGAACAAAUCACAUUUCACGACACUAAAAUCAAGCAUUUCACACGAUCAAAUAUUGACCAUUGUAAAAAGAUGAAAUCCGGGUAGAAAUUAGGGGGUGGGGGACGAUGACUACCCAUGUGACUAGCAAUCUCAUCUAUUCACCAAAUUGUCUAUAAAAGUUCUAAUCUUUCCUAAAUCUAACUACAUAAAAUAAUGCCUAUGGUGGUUAUUGGUUAAAAUGCGUUUUAAAACUUCGAUUUAACUAUUUACACGCGACCAAGUAAGCUUCUUUGAGUCAAAUUAAGGAUCCACAUUAUUGAGAAAUCAUUAAAAAUCAGGUCUUUCCUGCAGUAAAUAAUCUUCAGAAUUAUGCAAAAUUUCUCCCCAGAAACACGGGAAAUCGCCAUUGAGGGACUCCAGAUUUCAAAAUUUUGAAAAGGCUUACACCUUCAACGUUCGAUAUAUGCCCCCCCCCCCAAAAAAAAAUUAUAGUCUGGCUACGCCACUGCAUUCACGGCUCACAAAAAUACCCUUUCCCACCCUCAUUAAUAUCGCUGUCUGAUUCUGAAUAAAAAUCGCAGUUUAUAAUACGUAUUGGGAACACUGAUACGAUUGGGAACCGUGAGAAUUUGUAUAUAGAUGCCAUUACGCCAAUGCAAAAUGGGUUACACACUUUAAUACACUUGAUCCAAUUUUGAUCGGGGCUAUGGUCUACAUUUUGUAGACCAUAGCCCCGUAUAAAAUGGGUCAAGUAUAAAAUUGACCAAGUAUAAAAUGGGCUGUGAUAGUUAUAUCAUAGAAUAGGAAGGUAUACCAGACGUCUCACUCAAGCAAAUAUUUGUCCGCGUUUUUACAAGCGAUUCGUCAUCAAUCACGCCAUCCUGGCUAGUGCAACCGGCACUUUGUACCUACCAAAACCUGAUAAAAACUUCCGGCUGUUCUAGCCAGGAUGGCGUGAGCGAGUUAAAAUUUUCGUAGGUUACACUUCUGCUAUACUUUCCUAUUUUGUGGUUAUAUGCUGUAUAUUCAAAUACAUUCUUCAGCCGGAAUAUAACCAUACGUGGUUAUUAUUGUAUUAACGCUAUAGUAAAAAUUUAAAAAAAUAUCGUGCACGCUGCAAGAUUCGAUAAAAAAAAAUCGUGCGGAGUCGGUGAGGUCCAAAAAAAAAUCGAGCACUCCCAAAAAUGCGCCCCCCCCCCCAUGAAAAAUCAAAUGGUCCGUCCCUAAGGAAACUGUACAACGUCACAUUAAAAAUCUUGGUUGAACUUGAAAACAUUCCAGCCUGCAGUACAAUUGAAACAUUACUUUUCUAACUAUGUUUGUCCUAACUGGCCCUGUCAACUUUCCCUGUGGGAGGAAACCGGAAAACGUGAAAACGAUCUUCAGUGUGUAUAGUCCUAUAUUGUAUUUUGCUAAAGAUCGCCGUCUUCUUUUGCUAAAAUGCACUAUUUUUGUUGUUUAAGGUUAAAGAAGCUCAUUAUAGGAAGCAUCCUGAAUGGAAGUGGUGCAACAAAGAGAAGAAGAAAAUUGCUCGGAAAGGUGAACGAAGGUCCUCAAUUACUGAGGACCUGCUGACUGAAGGUGUCGAGAAAGACCUGGAACUGGCCGGUCGACCAAACAACAUACAUGUGCGAUCAAAAAGUGUACCUGCGAAUGAACUUAGAAGCAAGACUAUUGAGGCAGAAGACUUCUCAUCCUUUCCACAAGCAAGAGACUCUCUUUCGCAGUUGGCAAAGGUGGUUAUGUGCCAAUAGUGGCAGUACUUAAAAUCCAUUUAUAAAUAUAAUUGAUACGAAAAUGCUUGAAUCACUGGUAGUUUUACGCUCUACGUCCUGACACAAAGUUGCACAUCAACGUUUACCAUAAUGAUUAAAACCUUCAAUAUGUAGUAAUUGGUUUAUGUUGUGAUGUCUCCGCCAUUCGUUGUUAAUAUUACAGUAACUGAUGUACAUGUUCUUUUAAUUGUUAAUAUUAAUUUAUGUACAUGUUUUCAUGUUCUUCAUUGAAUAUUUGUUGUUUGUAUCCUUGAACGGAUACAACUACCUGAAAAAUAUUGGCAGAACUUCGGCGUUUCGAGCGAAGGGCCUUCGUCGGGGACUUCGCUCGAACCGUCGAGAUAAACAACUGAAAAUCAUUUUACGGAUCGAUGUAUACUGUAUGUUGCAAAACAGGUGGAUAAUUCGUUUAGUUCUGAUAGGCAUAUAGGAGUUGUUCCGCGCUAUAUAAAUACUAGGAUUUUGUUUGUUUUUAGAGCGAUUUUAACGAUGAGUUUGAACAUUUCCUUUUCGAUUUUAUGCCCAAGCUCACACAUGCGCAAAUCUAGUCAAACAAUUACUUAAAAUGACGUCACUUGAAUCAAACAUACUGUCAUUUUGCAAGCAUAAGUUUAACCAUGUCUCUUUUGUUGUAUUUCAGGUGGCGGUGCAAUGUGGAACUGAAAGCCGUAGUAAUAAAUUGUGGGAUGCUGAAGAUGAUUCAGAGCACGAAAAUUCCUGUAAGCAAGAGGAUCUGUCUGCUUUGGAAUGCAAGGAAAUUGUCUCAGGUAUAGUCUACUGUAAAUAUACGCAUGUAGCUGAUGAUAACGAUAAUUUCGAAGUCAAGGAUGCGAAUUACUGGAACUAUACAGAAUCUAUAGUUGCUUGGUUAGAAACGACAAGGGGUUGCUACAUUGUAGCAACCCCUUGUCCUUCCUAACCAUUAAGCAACUAUAGAUUCUGUAUAGUUCCAGUAAUUCGCAUCCUUGACUUCGAAAUUAUCGUUAUCAUCAGCAUUGUUGUAGCAACAAUUAUUGAAUUCAUUCUUUCCCAUCUUCAAUAACGGACAAAAAUAGUUGCAGUGAUUAUAGAAAACAUUGUCUUCACUCUGUUUAUUUUUCUACUAUUUGCCCCUCUCCUCCUUUUUUAUAUGAGUUUCACCGUUGUAUAAGGAGUAGGAACUGGAACGAUCUGUGCCAGCUUAGGUAGUAACAAAAACACGAGAGAAAUGAAAAUGGAUGUGGAUUCAAUUACCUAAAAAAUACAAGUAAAAGUACACUUUUACUUAAUUAUUUUCAGAUAUCCAUAUGUAUUGUUAAGAGAUAGGGGAAUUUUGUACCAACAGAAACCUAAUACGUAAUUCAUCCAUGUAAUUUAAUUCUAAAAUAAAAAUUUUUUUGCCCAUUAUUGUUCGCUAAUGAAAUUUAGUUUCUUUAUAGGCGAUGAGUUAGGGGAAUCUGACGUGGAUGAAAUUAUGGAAAACAAGCGUUUCCCUCAACAAAGAUUUUCGCCGAUAAAUCCGGUUCGGGCCAGAAGUGAAACGCCGAAGAGAGGACGUUAUUUUUCGCCCAUUCCAGUCAGUCGGCCGUGGACACCCGAUUUCAUAAACAGAUCGUCACAACAAAGAGCCUUGGCCUUACCUGCGACCAAAACAAAAUCUCCGUCAAUGCUUCAUUCGGGACCAAAAAGUGCAUUCACAAGUCUAACAACAGAGUCUAACAGGACAGUGGCAUCAGAGGAGAAUGGUAAAUUGCCGUCCAGCAACGUAGAAAAAUACCGCGUACUUUCUUCGGGUGAAAACAACAAUGUAGUUAAGUCGUUAGCAAAAUCCAGCAACAAUGAAGGAGAUCGGAUCUUCCACACUUGUUCAACCUCUAGCAUCUUGGUCAAUGCCACCAACGGCUGGCAAGACGGCGUUUCAAGCUAA